GACAAUAAAGCAAGCCAACUAGGGUUUUGAGAUUACUUCAAAAAGAUCAGCUUCCAUGGCCCUGUUUUUGGCACUCAACGUUCUCUUCUUUUCCCUCAGCAAUGCUUGCAACUCCUGCCCUUCCACCAACCCUAACCCUAACCCGAGACCGAGACCGAACCCGAACCCCACCCCUACUCCAGCUGCACGAGGCAUAUGCCCCAGGGAUGCCCUUAAAUUAGGUGUGUGUGCUAACGUGCUUAACUUGGUCAAUGUGGUAGUCGGUUCACCCCCGGUGCAGCCAUGCUGUUCCCUUAUCCAAGGCCUCGCCGACCUCGAGGCCGUUGUCUGCCUUUGCACCGCGCUGAGAGCGAACGUCUUGGGCCUCAACCUUAACAUCCCGGUUUCCCUUAGCUUGCUUCUCAACGUUUGCUCAAGAAACGUUCCUACGGGCUUCCAAUGCUAAAUCGGCACUCUUCACCACCUUCAUCUUCCUUAUGAUUUUUGAAAUUUAGGGUUUCAUCUAUUCCCAAUAAAUUAGUGUUUUCUUU